GGGGUUUCGUAUGAUCGAGGCAGCACGGGUCCUUGGACGUUCUUGCUCCCUCAACGCUAAAUCUGUAACGGGGCAUUACCUGAUGUUUGGUUGUGAUAAGCGCUCGGCAGAUGUACACGUAACACUGUUGGUCGUUCCGCUGUUGUCGUUUCGCACGUCCUUGGCACGUUCUAAAGGACCGACAUCACGCAGCCGGACUAGGGGCGGAGUCGUUUGAGGGUUUACAUGUCGCGUUUGUCUUCCGAUAAUUUGAAUUCAUUCUUGUUUCCUCCUCCCUUCACCCUGCUUUCUCUUUUUUUGUACGCUUGACGCGAUCGUUACCUCCACCGAUUCAACUCGGAGGUUAUACAUCACGGUCUUUCCUCGACUCGACUCAACUCUCCCACUAUCUACAACGUCACUCUUUCACCCACCACGAUGUUUCGGUCUUUCGGUGCCCGUAUAUUCGCAGGAGUAUUCGUGGUCGUUUUCCUCAUCGUCAUUUUCCACAACGAAGAAUCCGCUGGCACGGCUCUACUUCCUUAUCUCCCUGUCCUCCCAUCAACAGGCUCUUCGCAAUCCUCCUCGAUACUCCAAGCAUGGAUAAAAGACCGAUCUGCGCUGUCAGAAAAGUCAUGGAAAAAGAGCGUUGAACUCCGCGAUCAGAUGGCGAAGCAGCAUCCGGACAAUCCGAAGAUUCCAUUCUUCCCAAUGGACUUCUUAAAAUACCCAUUCACAAUCUGGGACUUCUUCCCAGCGACAUGGACAUGCCCUCAUGACAUCCAACGUGUUGGCCGACUCGGUGACGGAGGAAAGUGGGUCUGCGGAAUGAACAUCUAUGAGAGUCUUCCUGCCCCCAAGUCCGCGUCUGCGACCAUCGGAUCACAGGAGCCCCUAUCGAACGCACAAGAAGGUCUCGUCAUGUACAGCUUCGGUAUCAACGGUGAAUCCUCUUUCGAAGCCGAAAUGCUCGAACGUAUUCCUAGCGCCCGUAUCUGGGGCUACGACUUCUCGGUCGAUGCCUGGGGCCCGCAAAUCGCAGAGAAGCAUCGCCAUCGAACAUUCUUCAAGAAGGUCGGACUAGGCAAGGAGGAUAAGCAUGACUCGGAACCGCCAUUCUGGACUCUACCCAGUUUGAUGAAGCAGAAUAACCACACCUACAUCGAUAUUCUGAAAAUCGAUAUCGAAGGCAGUGAAUACGACGCUUUAGACACAAUGAUGAACGCUUUCGACAACAUGAAAACAGCAUCUGGAAAGUCCGUCCUGCCUAUUGGUCAGGUUAUGAUCGAACUCCACCUCGGCGACGGAAUCAACACCGAAAAUGCGAACGCCGGCGGUAAUGUAGACUUUGGGCGGUUUAGAACUUGGUGGGAGAGGCUGGAACGCAUGGGCAUGCGACCCGUGUGGAUGGAGAUCAAUCUCUUUGCCGUCACUUUGGGAAAGAGCAAGGCGAACCCAAGGUGUACGGAGUAUGUUUGGGUCAAUGCCAAGGAUCAGAGAAGUGUCCUUUGGAAUGUAUAGAUAGCAUCUGGUCUGAAGAUCAGCGGCGUUUGGGGCCUCGAAGUGGCAUUUUUGAAAAUUUCAGGUACAACCCAAUCAUAUUUUUCCUAUUUGUGACAACACCAGUCGUUGAGGUACGUGAAGCUGGG